AUGUACAGGUAUUUCAAUAUAACAGAACCUAGGCCUAUACACACUGUUAAUGGCGCAGAGUUUAUAACAGAACCUGGAACUAUACACACUGUUAAUGACGCAGAGUUUAUAACAGAACCUGGAACUAUACACACUGUUAAUGACGCAGAGUUUAUAACAGAACCUGGAACUAUACACACUGUUAAUGACGCAGAGUUUAUAACAGAAUCUGGAACUAUACACACUGUUAAUGACGCAGAGUUUAUAACAGAACCUGGAACUAUACACACUGUUAAUGACGCAGAGUUUAUAACAGAACCUAGACCUAUACACACUGUUAAUGACGCAGAGUUUAUAACAGAACCUGGACCUAUACACACUGUUAAUGACGCAGAGUUUAUAAAUUUUGGACCUAUACACACUGUUAAUGACGCAGAGUUUAUAACAGAACCUAGGCCUAUACACACUGUUAAUGGCGCAGAGUUUAUAACAGAACCUGGAACUAUACACACUGUUAAUGACGCAGAGUUUAUAACAGAACCUGGAACUAUACACACUGUUAAUGACGCAGAGUUUAUAACAGAACCUGGAACUAUACACACUGUUAAUGACGCAGAGUUUAUAACAGAAUCUGGAACUAUACACACUGUUAAUGACGCAGAGUUUAUAACAGAACCUGGAACUAUACACACUGUUAAUGACGCAGAGUUUAUAACAGAACCUAGACCUAUACACACUGUUAAUGACGCAGAGUUUAUAACAGAACCUGGACCUAUACACACUGUUAAUGACGCAGAGUUGAGUAAUGGUAUGAUGUUCCUCGUUUAG